AUGCACUCCUACACUCAUCAUCAUAUGAUGGCAACUCUCACACGAGAGCAGCUGGAAAAGUUUGUGGAAGAGAGACCCCAUAUGCAAGACAACCUCCGAUGUCGCAACAUACUCCGAGAUUAUGAAAACAAUCAAGUUUCCCACACGCUUUCUUCAACCAUAGAGAAGAUUCUGUGGAAAAAAAGGCAAUCCAAUCUCUCCCAAAAGUUGGAAAACAGACCUAACUUGGAACAGUUAGAACAACGAGGGAUUUUGCCAUACCACAUCAGUAGUGGAUAUACGACAUCUUCCAAUAAUUCAAAUCGUUCUUCUUCUGAUCAAGACUCCUCCAAUUCUCCUUCAACAACUACAACACCCUCGUCUAGCAAUUCUGUGAGUGACAACGCUUCACAACACCAAGACUUUUCUUACUAUAUUUAUGAUCAAGAACAAGCCUUAUCUGGUAUUGGUCUUGGAAGAGAAGAGAAGGAACGAAAAAAGAGACACAUAGAGAACUUCCUAGUGAGAAGACCUUCAAAGAAGGAUCUUGUGGAGAUGUUGAGGAAGGGAAACAACUCUAGUUCCACGCAUUCCAAUCUACCACAUGACAACGAACCAACUUUAAUCUAUGAUGUUUCUGGUAAUUCCAGUAAUGAUCUCUCUCACUCUUCUCCCACCACUUUCCCAUCCUUUGAUCCUGUGUGUAUUUUGUUAGAGCCUCAUGUUUUACAAAUUCAUAAUCAGCUUGAGAAUUUACAAUCUGUCACAGAUACAGAGUCCGACGAUUCCAAUAAUUCUGAAGGAGAAGAUGAAGAAAAAGGUAGCUCUCAAUAG